AGAUCGUAAUCGUGGUGAACAAAAAAAAAAACAAAUUAUUAUUAUAUGCCAUCAAGACACAAACAGUUUAAUGUUUUUUGUCUAUAUAUACGCAUCUACCAUGAAGGUUUUAUAUUGCCAGUAAACGUGAUUACGAUUCAUCGAGAAUAGUACCAGUUCAAAUUUAUCUGUGGUGCAGUUCGCUAUGGAACGGAUCCCGAAAAAUCCUAUUUUACAAUUCCAUCCAGACACAAUGGAGUGCGUUCGGAAAUUGUGCAAUUUUAACACACAAUUGGAAGUGAAGGAAGCCGUGGAUUUAUUGGAUGAAUGGGUGAAGAAACAGAGCCAUUAUCGAAAGAGGAAUUUUACAAGAAGUUAUUUAGAAAAGACAAUAAUAAUAAACAAAGGUUCAGUGGAACGAGCAAAGACACAAAUCGAUCAACUUUGCGCGCUGAAGACGAUAAUGCCGACAUUUUUCGAGAAAUGCCACGCUAGAGACGAACUAGGGCAUUUAAAGAGUUACUGCAUUCAAGGGCUUCUUCCAAAGUUGACUCCUGAGCAUUACCGCGUAUAUAUAGGCAAGUUUCGUAAAGAUGGACUGACGUCAUACACUGACAUCUUCAGGUUUGGAGUGCUUGAGUACGACUACUGCAACGGGCUAGUGUUAAUCGCAGACAUUAGGGAUAUCAACGUGUUGCGCCUCAGCUACAGCCUCAGCCUGACAGAGUUGCGCAACAUCUUGACCAUUGCCACGGAAGGCUACGACAUGAGGAUAAAAGGGAUACACUACGUGACGUCAUCACGGGCGGUGGAAGUGCUGCUCCGACUGAUGAGAUCAGUGCUGAGUGCUAAACUGAGUGAGAGGAUGCGAGUUCACAAGACUGUGGAGUCAUUAUACGAGGUGGUGUCGAAGGAGAUACUGCCGGCGGAGUAUGGAGGUGACGAAGAAUCCUUGUUGACGCUUUAUGAUAAAUGGGUGGAAGAGCUAAGCGAAAAGAAGAAUGUGGACUAUUUUAAAGAAAUGAGAGAGAUUAGAGCUAAAGAAGGAGUUCGUCAGACCGAGGUGUAUAGAUCACAGUACUGCGGACUCGCUGGGACUUUCCGAAAAUUGAAUAUAGACUGAACUUCGUUUGGUACUUACAUUUACUAUUGUUGUGGGAUUUUAUCAUCAAAUAUGUAAGA